AUGGAUUUGUGCUAUCAGUGGAUUAUUUCAAGCAUGAGUUGCAAGUCUCAAAAAUGGCGCUCUUCAAAAUUCAUUCACCGUUUUCAAAAAGUCAUUGGCGACGCUCUUUGGCAUAUCGAAAGCACAAGAAAAUGCGCAGUUAAUCGAAGAGGUAAGCGAGAAGCUGACGAGUUUUCAGAUGUUUCCGAUAUAUCCAGCUUUUUUGCCGAUGAGGAUAGUUAUUACGAGUCAAUGAUAAAUGGCGAAUACGAUGAUUUUGAAAGCUUGCAGUACCAGUACGAGGACUUUUUGCAUGCAACGGAGAAACAUGUAAUCAAUGAAGAAGAAAACGAGGAAAUGUUAGAUUUUGCUCGGGGUCGACGACCAAAAAACCCAGUCAAAAUUGAAAAAGACGAAAAAACUUUGUGUGCUGAGUCCUUCGACAAUUUAUACGAGAAAACUUCCAUCAACAGCUGCCGAAAACACCCUGCAUGGAAGAAGAGAACCGCAGGCCUCAUUCGGCAAAUCACUCAAUAUUCUUCAAAAUGCGCGAAUUGA